AUGAGUGAAUCCAGUGAAGAGUUCCAGAGCGACUUUUUCGAAGGCACCGAGAAGCUACUUGAGGUCUGGUUCGGAACCCGCUCUGGAAAUGAAGGUCCGAAAAAAUGCGACCUCCGAGUCAUUCGCAGAGCUACCUGGGAAUCGAUGCUGAAACUCGUCAAGUGCGAAAUCAUUUCUCAAAUGAGUAACGAAGACGUAGACGCCUACGUGCUGAGCGAGAGCUCCAUGUUCAUCUCUAAAGAUCGCUUCAUCCUGAAAACAUGCGGGACCACAACACUGCUAUGUUGUGUAGAGGCCCUGCUCUACAUCGUGAACCAGUUCACUGGAUUCGACAAGGUUCGAGACGUGUUUUACUCACGAAAGAACUACAUGAGGCCCGAGCUCCAGGACAAGCCGCACUCUUCUUUCGAGGAAGAAGCUGCAGCGCUCGACACGUACUUCAAGGACGGCAAUGCCUACUGUUUGGGGAGCAUCAAUCGAGAUUGUUGGUACCUCUAUACGCUCCAAGGUCACCAUAUCAAUCGUGCCGACCAAACCUUGGAGCUCAUCAUGCAAGACUUGGACCCCCGCGUGAUGUCGAUCUUCACCCAGGCCGAGUCAAAUUCGGCUCUGGAGGCGACUCGGAAGUCCGGAAUCGAUACAAUAUAUCCAGGAGCGAAGAUCGACGACUUCCUGUUCUCCCCUUGCGGUUAUUCGAUGAACGGACUCAUCAAAGGCGACCACUACAUGACCAUUCACAUCACGCCAGAAGCUCAAUGUAGUUACGUGAGCUUCGAGACCAAUUUCCCUCACGACAAGUACGAUCAGGUCGUAUCGACGGUGAUGCGUAUAUUCAGGCCGAGCAAGUGUGUCGCCACCGUUUUCGCAUCGAAGGAUUCCGUGGCCUCGAGAGCUGUUCGACACUUCGACGAUCUCGCCGUGCAAGGCUUCCAACAGAAAGAACUCCAAAUGUGUCGUUUCACUGAGUACGAUCUCACUUUCGCUCUGUUCGCCAAGGCGCCCAGUUGAGGCCUGGCCGCGCGGGGGGGCCAUUCUUCCAGCGCGACUAUUCGAACUCUCAAGCCACCUAAUAGUUUUUGGAGCGACAAGGUCGCCCUGAUCGCUUUCCUCAACGUUCUCUACUCUCUGCUACUCCUAAAGACGCAUCAAAGUUUCUAUCAGCACCCUCCGCGUAAACAGCUAAUUGUGGUCGGAAAUCCGCUGUGGCGGCUUCGUUCCGUACCGUUCACCUGAUGAGGUUUUUAAAAAUUCUAAAUGAAAUUCAUCCUGAACUACGAGUCUCAUGGGGACUCCGUUCCAGCCGCUCCGCGCUGGAGCAGCCUCAGAGUUCGCUGAAGCGAGGACUGGUACUAGCUCACGAAGCGUCAUUGAUUUUGAUUCUCCGGCAAUGAGCCAUGAGCUCGAGAGCUUCCACGACCGGAUGGUCACGGACUCGAACCACGAUGACAAGUGGAAAUGAAUCACGGUGAACCCUGACGGGCAUCGUCGGACAUCAUGACUGCGGUUUGAGGCUUUGGCGACCGCUCGCCGAGCGACUCGAUUUUCUUGAUGAUCCCAGAUUAGGCCUGCUCGAUCUCCCCAUCGGUCGAUAACAAAGGGUAGAAUCGAACUCAGGACCAUCCGGAUAGGUCUUCCGUCACCAAGGUCCGAGAAAUAUUCGAUUAAAUAGGGCCUGGCAAGAGGUUUCCCCUCGCGAAGAGGGUUCGGAAGUCGAUGGAAUUUUCAAUGAGCUCUAUCAGAGUGGCCCCUCUGAGAGCAUGAAUAAGCCGAUUCGUCGCCUAUUCUAUUAAUUCCUUCAUGGAUUAGUUUGGACCGAGAUGGUCGAUUUCUCUACGAUUCCCCGCAUUUCCCUCGUGGGCUGGAAGGAAUUUUCCAGUGGUCACGUUACUUAAUUGUUCUGAUGUCGAAAUGGACAAGUAUGGGAAAAAUACACUGACGAAGUUAAUAAAUCUUGAAGUUGAUU